AUUAUUGGCUUUCACUACUGCCAAGUGUUUGGUUUCCUAGGCAGCGGCAGGAGGAGGAGCUUAUCUGCUGGACUAGUUGUCCUGCCACAUCACAACAUAGGUAAACCAGUCGCCCGCAGCAAUAAAGGUCCUGCAGCUAUGGCAAAGGACCCCUUAGCCGAGGCGGGCUUCUAUUUUGAUGAGCUCAACAAGCUGCGGGUGCUUGAGCCUGAUGUCAGCCAGAAGACUUCAGAGUUAAAGGAGGAGUGCAAAGAGUUUGUGGACAAAAUCGGACAGUUUCAGAAGAUUGUCGGUGGUCUAAUCGAGAUGGUCGAUGAACUGGCAAAAGAAGCAGAAACUGAAAAAAUGAGGGCAAUUGGAGCCAGAAACCUGCUGAAGUCUGUGGCAAAGCAACGAGAGGCGCAGCAGCAGCAGCUUCAGGCUCUAAUAGCGGAAAAGAAAAUGCAGCUGGAGAGUGAGUCAUGUUCUUGUUUCAGGUACCGUAUUGAGUAUGAAGCCCUGUCCAAAGUAGAAUCUGAGCAGAACGAGUUCAUUGACCAGUUUAUUCUGCAGAAGUGAUGACAUGAUUCAGCAACACAGCAGCCUGUUUCCAGAGUGCCUGUACCAGUCCAGUUUCUCCUGCUGCAACCUCUUUUCUGAAGCUGCCAAUAAACUCCAGCUUUGAAAAGAAACGCACACACACAUCACCUGUUAACACCACUUAUCUCAGAUACGGUUGUGUGUGAGACAGACAGCAGCUGACUGAAACAGCUGCAGCAACCCAGGGAUUUCCAGAAGCGGAGUGCUGGAAUACCUUCGGAACAUUCAGUUCACACCAACUGGAUCGGCGUCCAUGAUCACUUUAAGGGAGAUGGAUCUAUUUAUAUGCAAAAAAAAUAUUUAUAAUGAAAAUUAUUUAUACUGAAAGAUUGCUAUGUAUAUCUAGUUUUAUUACCUUUUCUAUUGACUGUGUUGUAUUUGCAUGCAUUUGUAAAUGAGUUGGAUUCAAUACAAGCAGAUCAGGAUUCAUUCCAUCAUUCUGGUGAAACAGCCAGUCAUGUUUGUGUCAUAGUUGCAAUCUUCAUCAACCAUCCCAACAUUUUUACUUGAAAUGCUGUUUUCUGCUAAAAUGUUGCAGAUGAGUUGGUAAUGUUUUAUAUCCAUUCCAUAUCAUAUUCAGAAUGGCUUAAAUAAAGCAUUUUGAAACUUCUA